GCGGUGCCCGGAGCCAUGGCCCGGCCUGGGGCCCCGCUGCUGCUCCUGGCCGCCGCGCUGGGCGUCUGCGCCUUCUACUACCUGGGCGCGGGGCGCGAGAGCCCGGCCCCGGCCCCGGCCCCGCGCCGCCUCCACCUGCUGAUGAUGUUCACCAAGGCGGCGCGGAGCUCGGCGCUGCAGGCCCGGGGCCAGGCGGCGCUGCGCUCCCUGCUGCGCCACGCGCGCCUCGAGCCGGGCCAGGCGCUGCACCUGCACUUCGUGAGCGAGCCGCGCAGCCGCCAGAUCGCCCAGGGGCUGCUGCGCCCGCUGCUGCCGGGCCUCCCCUUCCCGUGCCAGGUAAUAUUCCAUGACGUGGACGUGCUGACAGAACAGCUGUUUCCAGUAGUUGAGGCCAUGCAGAAACACUUCAGUGCUGGGUCCGGGUCCUACUACAGCGACUCCAUCUUCUUCCUGUCGGUGGCCAUGCACCGCAUCAUGCCCACAGAGAUAGAACGGAUAAUCCAGGUGGACUUGGACCUGAAGUACAAGACCAACAUCCGAGAGCUGUUUGAGGAGUUUGAUCAUUUCCCGCAAGGAGCCGUCAUUGGGAUAGCCAGAGAGAUGCAGCCUGUCUACAGGCACACGUUCUGGCAGUUCCGCCGUGAGAACCCCCAGAGCAAGGUGGGCGAACCCCCUCCUGACGGCCUGCCUGGCUUUAACAGCGGGGUCAUGCUGCUGAACCUGGAAGCCAUGCGCCAGUCCCAGCUCUACAACCAGCUGCUGGAGCCAGACAUGGUGCGGCAGCUCACGGAGAAGUACCACUUCAAGGGCCACCUGGGGGACCAGGACUUCUUCACGAUGAUUGGCAUGGAGCACCCCGAGCUGUUCCACGUGCUGCACUGCACCUGGAACCGGCAGCUCUGCUCCUGGUGGAGGGAGCACGGCUACAGCGACGUGUUCGAUCAGUACUUCCGGUGCGACGGCCAAGUCAGAAUCUAUCACGGGAACUGCAACACACCGAUCCCCGAGGACUAGGCCGCCCGUCGCUCUGCUGGGUGAUGGGAGCAGCAGCUAGUGAAGUGUGUGCACCAAUGCCCCAUGCAAAGGUGUCCCCACCCCAUUGUGUGCUGGGCUCCUGCACCUCACUCCAGCUGUUCCAGGAACAUUCCAACCCUCUCACCUCGGGGAGGAAGUGCAGUCUAGUGGUUAAACCAAAGGCACCUGGGUUCUGCUCCCAACUCAGACACGGACAUGGCUACGUGAGGUUGGGCAAGGCAUAUCGCUCCUCCAUGCCACAGUCUCCCUACUUGUAAAAUGGGCUAUUGAUAUUUACCCUCCUCCCACUGUGCUGUGAGGCUCAAUUAGAGCGAGCAGUGAAAGCCCCUAUGUACAUGCAAAGUAGACCAAGUCAGUGCAAUGGCACACACCACCACCUGCCUUCACGUCCUGGGUGCACCGCCCUGUGGGAUAGGGAGAGCACCUCGUUUGACACUGACAGCGUCAAUGGUUGCACAGUGUUCAUGAGCAUUGCAUUGUUCUUUACUGUAGACUGCGUAAGGGACCAUCACUCGGUGACCUAUUUCUGUGUCUAACGCCGGGCGAGAAGACGCCAUCUCCAGCCUGGCCUCAUUUAGAAUAAAAGCCAAACGAGACUUUGUAAAGACUGGUUUGUGCUGAUGAAAUUACAAAGCUGCAUUAACACUGGGUUGAAUCCAAAUGCGCUUUAAAGCCUUCCCUUGGUUCUUCCUAGUGCUAAAAGCUUUGCUGCUGUUCUCAUCUUAGAACCAUGCAGAGUGUGGACGAGUAUGUUCUUUUUUACUAGCUCUUCCGUUAACCUUUUAUGCUAGAAUAAAGGUGCAAAUGUAAAAUA